UUAAAUACACCGAAGAAGGGGAACUGUUUCGCUGGACCACCAACAGCCAUCGAACAUAAAUUAGUUUAUUUACGGUAAUUUUACGGACUUUCACUGUCAUUCUCGUCCAGCAGCCCGGAAGUAAAUGUUAAUUUGACACUCUGUGAAAAUGGCAUAUGUAAAUUAGUCAAGUUUUACCUUUCCGGACACAGCCCAACAAACACUGGAGCCGCUACUCUUGCAGAUGUUUUUGGAAGGGUGUGGGUAGCCGAGCGAACGAUGUCGAAUUGCAUUACUUUUCACACGCAGAUAGCCUCCAUCAUGGAGGUUUUAGCCAACGCGGCCGUGGCGGAAAUCUGCAAACUGGUAGAAGAUGGCUAUGCCGUGUUACGGCUGGAAAUAUCACAAAGCCAGAAGGAGAAGGAAGCCCUGCGCAGGAAGCUGCAGAUGCUGGAGCUGCGGGCGGCGCGGGGAUGCGCGGACAGCGCGAGAACCCCGGCGGGUUCUGCAGAGCGCGCGCGCCGAGGCCGCUUUUUGCACAGGCUUCCAGGGACCGCGAAAGCGGGGCUAGCAAGCGAGCCAACCGGAGAAAGCGUAUUUGAAAAGCAUAUGGACAUUGACCUCAUUAGUGACGGAGUGCCAGCAGGUGGGCAUCAAGAGGAUUCUUCAGUCUCGCAGAACUCGAGUGCAGACAUGGGGGAGGGAAGGACUGAAUCACUUCUUAUAAAGGAGGAGAGGCUGGAAGAGGACAGUGACCCACAGGGAGAGAUGAAGAUCAGGGUGGAGAGAGUUGAGGAAUUGGGUGCUGAGGACGAUAGAGGGACUGCUGUUGUCAGCAAACAGACUCCGCCUACCAAUGGCAGAGAAGAGCUGACUGACCAGCAGAGGACCCAGCACUGUGUUUUGGAGCCUGCAGGCCUGGAGGAGAGAAAGCCCGAGUCUGUUCUGAUGAAGGAGGAAAGGCUUAAAGAUGGCCGGGCGAGCAGUGACCCACAGGAAGGCCUGACGACCCAUGGGGAGGGAGCUGUGGAGUCGAGGGCAGGUGGUGGGGAAAGAACUCCCAUUCAGGACACACAGAAUAAAGCAGCACAACACACAGAGGAGCUCACUGAGCAGCACAGGACCAGACACAGUGCUUGGGAGGUCAGUGGAUUGGAAACUGUCCUUAAGACAGAGCCAGAGAAUGAGAAUGUCAAGACGGUUCAACACACAGGAUCUGAACACAGCACAGGAAGACUCAACAGUUCCUGCCCUGAGCACAUAAAGUGUGAGAGAACUAGCCAACUGAGGACUUUUUUUACACAGGGGGGUGGUGAAACUGAGGCUGAUGAUCCGUCGUGUUCUUACGGUACAGAGACAAACUCUGAGAGCCUGUCAGUUACUGAGGGCAGUCUGAUUGCUAGCUCGUAUGAAAAGCACGCCACUCGUUCAGGCCCCCUUAUGGGCCAUCAGAGAGACGACACAGGAGACAAACCGUUCAGAUGCACGCUGUGCCAACAGCAGUUUGCCCGCCAAGGUAGUCUCACAAGACAUUACAGAGUGCACACGGGAGAGAAACCAUACGGAUGCACUCUCUGUGGAAAGUGCUUUGCCGAUUCAAAUCUGGAGACAUAA